CUCCAUCUCCAUCUCUAUUUCCAUUCCCAUCCCCCCUCCGCCUUGAAUCUCUCUCUCUCUCUCUCCCUUGGCAACUCUCCAACCACAUCACCAUGUCAACCUUACCCCAUCGUCACCCCUGAACCCGGCAAGACCGUCUGUCUGCCGUCUCAAUGCCAACACGGAACUCCCUCGAGUCGCUAACCGCUUCAGCCCCCGUCUCCAAUGCCGUCAGGCUCCAUCAGCCGGACCGGCGCAUGCCAGCGCUGCCACCGCCGAAAGGUCAAAUGCGACCGCACACGGCCGUCCUGCGCGCCAUGCGCGAGGGUCGGCGUCCAGUGCACGUACGCUGCGAGGGAGCACCAGAUACAGCUUCGCCGGCAGGACGUCGAGAGACUCGAGCAACACAUACGGGACUUGCAGGCCGAGAACGACAACCUAGCCGGGAGACUGGCCGAUGUCCAACAUGAACAACGACGUCCGCAGCAAUCACAACAACCACAGCAAUCUCACCAAGAGCAGCAACCACAGCAAGCCGGCGCUGACGACAACAACAGACUGGCUACCCCGAAUACGACGUCAAGCCUGGGUCUACAGUCCGACGACACCCAGGCACCGGCCGAGAGCGGGGAGAUCGCCAGCCAGGUCAUCCAUCUUUCACUCAACGCCGGGGGAGGUCGGGACUUUGUCGGUUCCACGAGCGGCCUGUUCCUCGCCAACUUGCUGCAAACCCAUAGCCAGCCUGUCGGGCCCUCUCACGACGCCGUUGGCAAUCUUUAUUCCGGCUCCGCGUCUCGGCAUCGACCCCGGUCGGGAAACCCAGCACCCGGUGGGCUCUCAGGCCUACCGACGAGAAGCCUCACGACAGAGAUUCUGGACGCAUAUUGCAGUCAUGACCGGCUCUGUUAUCCAUUCCUGUCUCCAAAAGCACUGGAUCGGGCCCUGGACGCCGUCUACGACGCUAGGAACCCGGAUCCGCCGGACCCUGUGGAUGGAUUCCUGAUCGACAUGGCCCUUGCCAUAGGCACGGCGCAGGUAUACAAGCUGAACUGGAACGGCAUCUGGGACGCCGAGGUCCACUACAACCGCGCCAUGACGCGCCUUGGCGACGUACUCUCGCGGGGAGGCAUCACUGCGCUGCAGGCCUUGCUCCUCAUUUGCCAGUACAGGAUGGGCACCACCUCACAUGACACGAGCACCAGUGUCUGGCACCUCAUCGGCGUGGCCGCGAGGACGUGUUUCGAGCUCGGUCUGCACAAGGCAUCAACGUACGCCCCUCGUCCGUCCCGUGACGGCAGCGAGGGAGAUGCUGCCUCGUCCGCGUGGCGGGAGGACGUGGAGACCAAGCGGCGAUGUUUUUGGAGCGUGGUGUCCAUGGAUCGCAUUGCCAGCCUCAUCCUCGGCCGACCUUUGGCCAUCCAGCUGGAGGACAUCGAUGUCGAGCUCCCCCAUUUCGAUAAGCCUGGUUCGGUCCCGCUUCACCGAUCCUUAUCGACUGCGCCCUUGGGCUCUCCAGAGUGGCAUCUCGGGACCUCGAUAUUUGUCCACAUCGUGCGGUACAGGCUGAUUUGUGGCAAGAUUCUGAACCUCUUACACCGGAGCACUAGCACGAACCGCGAGUCUACCGGUUCUUACGAGGACAACAGGAGCUCGCUGGUUGAGGAGCUCCGGUCCUGGCGCGCAGAAACAAUAGACCUUCCACUGAUCCCGGCCGAUGCACCACCGCUCGCAUCCCCGGCGAGUAGGUCCAGCUUUCGCUCGGCCGAGUGGUACGACCUGCUCUACCACAACGGGAUCCUGAUGCUGUUCCGCCCGUCCUCGACGCUCUGCGAUGCGACUGGAAACAGCACCGUGCUGCAGCACAUGUUUGACUCGUCGCAGGAGGCCAUCAACCUCUACGCCAACCUGCACCGCUCGCGAAAGAUCAACUACUCCUGGGUGACGUUGCACUCCAUAUUCAUUGCCGGACUCUCCUACAUCUACGCUCUGCGGAAUCACUUGCAACACGCACAGAACCGGAACGUCUCGGGCAUGAACCCGCCCAGGGCCACUCUGCGAACGACGCCGACCAUCAGCCAGGUGGUCAACGACACCCGCGCCUGCUCAAAGGUCUUGGUUGCCGUGUCCGAGAGAUGGGCAAUGGCGCGAAACUGCUCCGAGGUGUUUGACCGCCUCAGCGAUGCUGUUGUUGCUGAUAUUGUCGAGGCCCAGACCGGCCAGGCCUCAUUAUCUUCCGGUCCCUCGUACCCAGUCCAGUCCACGGGAGAGACCCAAGAACAUCUGCAAUCGCCCGCGGACAUGAACAUGCCGGACGCCAUGUAUGGACAGUCCAGCCACAAUUUUGUCAACAUGACGGUCGACGAGACCCUGCGAGACUGCUUCGGUGACCUGCAGAGCAUCUGCUACGACCAGUAUCACAGCGAUGCCAUUGCUCAGCUUUCUCAGGAUUGGCUCUUCGGAAUGGGGGAGACCCCAAGCCGGUACUUUUGAC